AUGAUCUGCACCCGGUGCCUGCGCGCCACCGUCGUGCGCCGCCAAUUGCCCUUCUCACGACAAUUUUCAUCGUCGCUGCGCUUCUACUCGGCCGAACCGCAGCUGUCAACGCCCGUCGUCGACGCCGGCGAAGCACCAAAGCCCACGCCCACUUCAAGAUCCAUCUGCCCAGAGGGAACAGUGCUCAACGGGCUCAACUACACAAAGGGCGGGCAAGACCCCGUCGCCUUGAAGGAUGAGGACUACCCAGAGUGGCUAUGGUCAUGCCUAGACGUCAUGAAGAAGGCCGAUGCCGAAGAUGACAACCUCGGCGACGAGUUCUCAAAAUCCAAGAAACAGCGAAAACUCGCCGCCAAGCGCCAAAAGGCCCUCGAGGCCAAACUCCUCGCCGAGGGCAACCUCGAGGCCCUCGCGCCCAAGGUGCCGCUGCAGCAGCAGUCCAUCAACCUGCCCGGCGAGAAGAACGGCAGCGUCCUCGACAACAUUGCCGCGGCGGACAAGCGGGAGGAGCUGCGCAAGGCGAUGCGCAAGGAGAGGAGGGCCACGAUCAAGGAGUCCAACUACUUGAAGUCGAUGUAA